UUUAUGGUGAUACCGCGUAAAAAUUUUCUGAUUAAAUUGUGUGUAUAAAAUUACUAAACAGUUUGUAGGUUUUGAUGCAUUUUUUACACUCGGUGUUUACUUUACUUUCGGCUUUUAAAGUUAUUGUAAAUAUUGAGAAAUAAUCAACUUAGCAACAAUUGAAAACAGGAUCAAUAAACUUUUUUCAAGUUGAAUGCUAUUAAUGCAUUCUUCAUCAUCUGUUUCAGUCAGGCUGCCUCUUUGAAUACAAAUGUGAUCAAUCAUAAAGUUUAUCAGCAGGAUGUAAGGUAAGAUUUGCUAAGUACCAUCAAGUCCUGUGUAAAUGGCUCAAUUCUAUACCAUUAUGGAAAUUAAUGAGAGGAAAAAUUAUUGUUUUGUGAUGAGUAUUUCUUUGAAAUUUCUCUUUUAUAUGAUCCAGUUUUGAGAUGGAGGCUUCAGGCUCAUUAAGAUUGUUAAGAAGUUCAAAAAGUAAAGAAGAUGAAGUGAAAAAAUAUAACUUAAGGAGUUCAAAGGAUUCAAAUGAAAGUUUGAAAAAUCGUCAUCAGCUUUCAGAUUCUAAAAUUUGUAUUUUGAAGAAAUGCCAUAAUCUGAAACCAAAGAUUGCUUCCUUAAGAUCUCACACUAAAACCGAAAAAGAGAAAACAAAAAAACAAGUUGAAAGGUUGGAAAAAAUUAAAGAAAUUCGCCCAUUAAGAAUGCAUAAAGGCAGGAAUUCAAAAACUAAGCCGAAUAUAUUAGAAACUGACAGAGAAAAUUAUGCACAUGUAAAUUCUAGUCAAAAUAAUAUUCGAUCUGUAAAAGGUAAGGGCCACAUAAAUAAAACGAAUUUCAUUGAAAAGUCAGAUAGCUCAAAUUUCGACAAAACUUAUCUAAUUAAUGGUGCAGUAUAUCAGCCUGAAAUUCUUACUCCUUUAACAGAUUUAAAAGAAGUCAAAAAUGGCAUUCAAACCAGAACAAAAAAAGAGAAAAGAAAAUCAUUAGAUGAUGACAAAUUUUAUAAAAAAAUCAAAACAGUCAAAGAAAUUUCCCCAUUAAGGAUGCGUAAAGGCAAGAGAUGCACUGACAAAUCCAAAACUAAAGUUGAAGUACUAGAGCCUAAAGAGGAUGAUUGUGUGAAUGGAAAUCCUGGUCAAAACAGUAUUGUAUCUGUGAAAGUAAGAUGCCGCACAAAUAAAAUAACUUGUGGUGAAAGUACUAAUCUAAUUAAAGGUGCAAUGCAUCUGCCCAAGAUUUCAGGUUCUUUGUUGGAUUUAAAGGAAGUCACAAACAAUAUUUCUAGUCUACCAACUACAGAACCUUCUGUUGCAGAAGAUGCUAAGUUAAAAAACUUAAUGAUGUCAUUUGUUGAUACUUCUUUCAGGGAUCAGGUGACGAGUAAUGCAACUAUUGAUUUUCAAAAUGAAUUUAUGACCAAUUAUAAUAUUGCUAAAAGUAUUAUUUCUGAAGCAGUAGAAAAGAUUUCUCAAAGUGGGGAGGAUUUUGAAAUUGAGUCUGUGGAUGGAACAUUGAACAAUGAUGAUGUUUUUAAUUCUUUCCCUAAAGGGGAAAUUUCCCAUUGUGAUCUUAAUUUAAUGGGGCCUUCUAAUCUAAUAAAAUCCGAUACAGCAAACCAAGUGAAAAGUCAAGAACAAAUAUGUGAAACUUCAUCCGUUGAUUUUAUAGAGGAAGUUGCAGCAUUUCUUGAUAUCUGUAAUGAACAGACUAGUGAGACUUGCAAAAAAACAAAUGUGUGUCCUAAUAUCUCCAAAGAUUUAAAUGCAAGUAAUUCAGGAUCAGAUGAACUUAACCAAAGUCUUCCGUUGCUUCAAAAAGAAGAUAUAAUUGAUUCUGUGGAGAAUUUGGUUGAUUCAGAUAUGCCUGAACUAAGCUUCAUGGGUGAAAAGAACUUAGACCUUGAAAAAUCCAAAACCCAAAUUUGUGUUGAUUUACUUCAAAAUUCUUGUGUUCCUUUUUGUAAUGUUCCUGAAAAUGGUGAACAAUCUAGUUUUGACCAUUCAGUUAAUAGUAAUAAUGGAAAUCAAGAAUCAAUCGCAUUCACUGAUGAUAAAGUGCACUUUUUAAAUCAGACUAAAGGAGAAUGCAGCCAUAAACACAAUGGAGUUGUAAGAGCAGAGGAUUCAGUCAAAUCGCAAAAGACCCAACUAGUUUCUCAGGAAAUUGGAGAAUUUGGAAAGGAUAAAAUAAAUAUUGAUGAUUUAAUAAAUUGCAUUGAUGAUGAUUAUGAUGAAUUUGUGGUUGUUGAAAAGCGUGGAAGAACUUAUGGUGAUAGAUACAAAUGUGGUAAAUGCUGUAAUUUCUUUAAACUUAAAACUGCCCAUCUUCAUAAAAAUUGUGAUGUAAAAAUAAGAACUGUGUUAAUUAGAAAUAUUAACUUCAUUUGCAUAAAAUGCAAUGCACAUUUUGAAAAUUUAGGCGUCUUAUCAACUCAUAAGAAAACGUGUCUGUCAACAAACAGAUCAGUCGUUAAUAAAUCUUGUGACUUGAAUGCAAAUGGAUGUACCAAAUCUCUCACUAGUGUUCAGGAAUCAGAUUCAAUUUCUACUAACAACAUUUCAAACGGAAGUCAUAAAUCAAAUAUUUCAUGUCAGCAUGUAGAAGGUCGAAAUUCUUUGAAUGAGGAUUAUCAAAACAGUAUUUCUUCUUUCAGUUGUCCUCAGUGCAAUAUGCAUAUUACUGACAAGCAUGCUCAAACACAUCAUCUCUGUGAAAUUAGAGAAUCCAUUACAGAAUCUGAGAACAGUAGCGUCAAUGAUAAUGCAGCAUCAGAAGCACAAAACUUGACAUCAGAAAGGAAUUUACAGGAUUCUCAGUGUUUACUAACUCAACCUGUCACUUCAGAUCUUAACAGGGAUGUAAUUUCAAAUUCCAGUGAUCCUGAAAUGCCCGUAUUCAUUGAAAAUAUGACUGAGUGUGGGUUGUUGUAUUCUCCAAACGAAGGUGCAAAGUUCUUUAUUCCUCUUUCAUGUAAAUUUGUCAAUGAUGCACUAAAAGCAGAUCUACAAAAUUAUUUUCCAAAUUUGAAUAUUAAAAAUGAACCAAUUGAAGGUGGUCUAGAACAGAUUCCUUCAAUUCCAGAUACAUGCAUAAAAUGCAAAAAACCACUGGAUUUAAAAUUUGUUGAUGUAAUGCACAUUGAUGAGCAAGCAUGUUUGCCUGAUAAUUACAAUAAUGAUCUUUUGCAAUUAAAACUACCAUGUUCUUCUUGUGAGCAUUUAUAUCCUGUUGUUUUUCGGAAAGAUAUUUUAAGCAAAUUAGCGGAGCUUUCAGAUAAAUAUAAUUUAGAUAAAUUUAACAAUUUGCAGAAAGGAGAUAUUUUAUUAAAAGAAGAAGUUAAUAGUACAAAUCUUCCUUCAACUGAAUGUGAACUUAUUUUACCUCGCAUUGAGCAGGUUGUUACGAUUAGCAGCGAUGAUUUUUAUAAAUUGAAUGAGAAUGAAACUUCAGAGAUUGCAGAAAACUCGUUUCAACAAGAAUGUGCAGAUCCUGUCAAUCAGAGGACGACAAUGCAGAAUGUUAAGCGAAAUGUGAAUAGUUCUGUUAUAAAGCCUGCAGUUUCUCAUAAAUCCCCAUCUGUUCCAGAAUCAGUUGGGAAUGUUUCUACAGUAUCUCAUCAUAAACCAAUGCAGAAUGUUAAGCGAAAUGUGAAUCGUUCUGUUAUAAAGCCUGCAGUUUCUCAUAAAUCCCCAUCUGUUUCAGAAUCAGUUGGGAAUGUUUCUACAGUAUCUCAUCAUAAACCAAUACAGAAUGUUAAGCGAAAUGUGAAUCGUUCUGUUAUAAAGCCUGCAGUUUCUCAUAAAUCCCCAUCUGUUUCAGGAUCAGUUGGGAAUGUUUCUACAGUAUCUCAUCAUAAACCAAUACAGAGUGUUAAGCGAAAUGUGAAUCGUUCUGUUAUAAAACCUGCAGUUUCUCAUAAAUCCCCAUCUGUUCCAGAAUCAGUUGGGAAUGUUUCUACAGUAUCUCAUCAUGAACCAUCCAUUUCUUCACAGAGUUCACAAGCUAAAAAAGACCUAGUAUUUAUUCCAUCCGAGGUAAUACUUGAAAAAGUCUUUUUAUCCGAACCUGAUUUAUAUGCAAAAGUCUCCGACACAGGUAGUGUAAAUUAUAUUUGUGGAGAGUGUUUCAUGUCUUUGGUGAAGGAACAGAUUAUAAAACAUUUUUAUGAGAAACAUAACAUCUGUAAAAAUAAGUUCACUAUUACAGAUGCAUAAGAUAAAAUGUACAAAUUUCUUGUGCAAUUAUGAAACUUUUAUCAAUGAAUUUUUUUUACCAGUUUGUUGUGUGUGCCAACUUUUUUGUUUUUGAAUUUUUAAGAAGUCAUCAUUUUUUAAUUGCAGAAAUAUUUUUUUUUGUUCAAAGUUAAUCUUUCAUAAAUAAAAACUCAUACAAGUUUAUUUGU